UGCAGCGAAAACCGCUCUUAACACACACCUCCAUUAACAAUCCAUCAGAAACCUAGACUCUAAAAAAUGCAGCCAAAGAUUUAAUCCACUGGUGGCUUCACUGAAGGCACCUCUGAUUCUCGUACUGGAAGCUGACACCUAAAGCACUUUUCAGGUACUGCUGCCAAAGAAAAUGGAAAGAAAAGCAACUCAUUACUUAGCAAAUUUAUUGCAAUCUUGCAUAGAUAAGAAGGCUCAUCUAUCUGGGAAGCUCCUCCAUGCCCGUAUUUUCCGCAUUGGCCUUUCUACAGAUACCUUUCUCUUGAACCGCCUCAUUGAGUUUUACUUCAAGUGCAAGAACAUGGGUUAUGCUCACAACUUGUUCCAUCAAAUGCCCCAUAAGAAUAUUUAUUCUUGGAAUGCAAUCUUAACUGAGUAUUGCAAAGCAGGAAAUCUACAAAAUGCACACAGAUUGUUUUCUGAGAUGCCGGAGAGGAAUAUUGUGUCAUGGAAUAAUUUGAUUAGUGCAUUAGUGCGUGGUAGGUUAGAGCAACAGGCAUUGGAUGUUUAUAAUGAAAUGAUUUGGGAAGGUUUAAUGCCUACCCAUUUCACAUUGGCUAGUAUUUUGAGCGCAUGUGGCACAUUAUUAAAUAUGGAGUCUGGAAGGAAAUGCCAUACUCUUAUUGUUAAAAUUGGACUUGACAAUAAUGUGUAUGUGAGUAAUGCUUUGUUGAGCGUAUAUAGUAAGUGUGGCCUUGUUAGAGAUGCAGUUCGGCUUUUUGAAGAAACGCAGGAGCCUAAUGAAGUCACCUAUACAGCAAUGAUGAGCGGGUUUACCCAGACAGAUAGAGUUGUUGAGGCAUUAGAAAUGUUUAGGUUGAUGUGCCGGCAAGGGAUCUGUAUUGAUAGUGUUUCAUUGUCCAGUGUUUUGGGAGUUUGCACCAAGGGAGGAUGUGGAGAAUCUGAUCAGAGUGAUGGUUCUUUGCGUAAUGCACUUGGGAAACUAGCACAUGGACUUGCAAUUAAACUUGGUUUUGAAAGUGAUCUUCAUCUUUGUAAUUCACUACUCGAUAUGUAUGCCAAAGAUGGUGACAUGGAUAGUGCUGAGGAGGUUUUUGCGAAUUUGCCUGAAAUGAGUGUCGUGUCUUGGAAUGUAAUGAUAGCUGGUUAUGGUCAGAAAUGCAAAAGUGGGAAAGCUAUAGAGUAUCUACAAAGAAUGCAGUCUUGUGGAUUUGAACCAGAUGAGGUGACUUAUAUUAAUAUGCUUACAGCAUGUGUCAGGUCUGGUGAUAUUGAGAUUGGGCGUCAAAUAUUUGAUUGCAUGGCAUGUCCAGGUGUGAGUUCUUGGAAUGGCAUGCUAUCUGGCUAUUUUCAGAUUGAAAAUCACAAUGAAGCAAUUAAAUUGUUCAGAGAAAUGCAGUUCCAGAAUGUCAAGCCAGACCGUACUACUCUAGCUAUUAUACUUAGUUCAUGUGCAGGGAUGGAGCUUUUGGAGGCUGGAAAACAGGUCCAUGCCAUUUCACAAAAAGCUGCCUUUCAUGAAGACAUAUAUGUUGCUAGUGGACUUAUUGGUAUGUAUUCGAAGUGUGGGAAGAUGGACAUAGCAGACUGUAUAUUUAAGAAAAUCUCCAAACAGGAUACUGUCUGUUGGAAUUCUAUGAUUGCAGGUCUCUCCCUUAAUUCUCUAGACAAUGAAGCUUUGGCAUUCUUUCAGCAGAUGCGGCAAAGUGGCAUGUCUCCCACCCAAUUCUCUUAUGCUACUAUUUUGAGCUGUUGUGCAAAAUUAUCUUCAUUGAUUCAUGGGAAGCAGAUUCAUGCUCAAAUAGCAAAAGAAGGAUUUGUAAAUGAUGUCUAUGUCGGUAGUGCUCUUGUUGACAUGUAUUGUAAAUGUGGUGAGGUGGGUGAGGCCAGGCAAUUUUUUGAUAUAAUGUCUAGUAAAAAUACUGUUACAUGGAAUGAGAUGAUCCAUGGGUAUGCUCAAAAUGGCCAUGGACAUGAAGCUGUUUGUCUAUAUAGAGACAUGAUUGAAUCAGGUGAAAAACCUGACAAGAUAACAUUUGUUGCUGUUUUGACUGCUUGUAGCCAUUCAGGAUUAGUUGAUACAGGGGUUGAAAUAUUCGAGUCAAUGCAACAAGACCAUGGAGUGGAACCUGUUUUGGAUCAUUAUACUAGUAUAAUUGAUGCUUUGGGCCGAGCAGGCCGAUUUCAUGAAGCAGAGCUGCUGGUAGAUAAGAUGCCAUAUAAAGAUGAUCCAAUUGUGUGGGAGGUUUUGCUUAGUUCUUGUAGACUCCAUGCUAAUGUGAGGUUAGCAAAAAAGGCAGCAGACGAACUCAUCCGCAUAGAUCCUUUAAACUCUUCCCCAUAUGUGCUUUUAGCAAAUAUCUACACUUCCUUAGGAAGAUGGGACGAUGUAAGAACCAUUAGAGAGGAGAUGAGGGAUAAACAAGUUGCUAAAGAUCCAGGUUAUAGCUGGAUUGAAUAUAAGAGAGGGGUGGAAUCAUUUUGUGGUGGAGGAUAACAUGAAAAACACUAAUGAUUCUUUUGAUUAGAAAUUCAAUGAAUACAUGAGCUUUGCUGGCUCCUUCCACCACCAAGUACAAAGCAUUAACAGAGACUAAUUGCAAUUUUCAUCAUGGACAACAGAACCCUGGAAUGAGACUUCUUUCUGUAUCCGUAUACCUGCCAUAGCAGACUAGUAUGCUCAAGCAUGGUGAUUAUUGAGACUACAUGGUGAAACUGUAAUUAUAAAGGAUAAAAACAAGACAGUUACUGGAGAAAUAUCUGCUGCUUUCGAACGGUUGCUGCCUCCUUUUCCACUGCAAGAUAAGCAAGCUACACAGGUAGCUUUUACCCCUCAAAAGUGUUCUUUAUACAACCAUUUAACUAAAGGCUUAAAAUAUUAUUUUAUAUUUCUUACUCCUGCGAAAUGGCUGAGAGUUUGAGGUACAGCUGCAAGUAUUGUAGAGAGAACUUGCAGACUUUAUUGUAGUUUGACAAAUCACCUUCAUAGGAAUCUGCUUCAAAAAUCUUCCAGUGUCUUUGAUGUCAAGUGCCACAAGAAAAAUCCAUCAUUAGAACAUUUAUUACAUGUACUGUUAUUUUAACGAGGGCCUUAGAAUGUAAUUAGAUGUCAAUUUUUAUCAUGCUACGAGUUGUCAGGAAAAUAUUAGACUAUAUGUUCUCUUGCCAGUGUAAAUCCUGAAAGCUGGCUUCAUUUACAAUAUACAAAUGCUUUUGUAUGGUCAAAACCAAUUUGAGAAAUUUUGUGCUUUCUUGUC